CGGAGCCACAGACACCAUGACGGCACCCAGCUCCACCUACGAUGUGGUCGUGGUCGGAGGAGGAAUAUCAGGACUGAGUGCCGCUAAGCUUUUGAAAGCAAACGGGCUGAAACCGGUGGUUCUGGAGGCCAGGGACCGGGUCGGUGGACGGACCUUCACUGUAUGGAACAAGGAAACCAAGUAUGUUGAUCUGGGUGGAGCCUACGUCGGGCCGACUCAGAACCGCAUCUUCCGACUGGCCAAAGAGUACGGCAUAAAAACCUACAAGAUCAACGAGAAGGAGAACCUGGUGCAUUAUGUCAACGGAAAGUCCUACCCAUUCAGAGGCUCCUUCCCCCCCAUGUGGAACCCCUUCGCCAUAAUGGACUUCAACAACCUGUGGCGGACGAUGGACGAGAUGGGCAAAGAGAUCCCGAGGGAGGCUCCUUGGCGUGCUCCUCAUGCAGAGGAGUGGGAUAAGAUGACCAUGCAGCAGCUCUUUGACAAGACCUGUUGGACCAGCGCUGCCCAUCGCUUCGCCAAGCUGUUUGUCAACGUAAAUGUGACCUCUGAACCCCACGAGGUGUCAGCUCUCUGGUUCCUCUGGUAUGUCAAGCAGUGUGGAGGAACCAUGAGAAUUUUCUCCACCAGUAACGGGGGACAGGAGAGGAAGUUUGUGGGCGGCUCCAGUCAGAUCAGCGAAUGCAUGGCCAGAGAACUAGGGGACGGCGUGAAGCUCCAGUCUCCAGUCUGCAGGAUCGACCAGACUGGUGACAUGGUGGUUGUGGAGACGGUCAAUAAACAGACGUUCGUGGCUAAGUAUGUCAUCGUGGCCACACCGCCUUGUCUACAUAUGAAGAUGCACUUUAACCCCGGGCUGCCCCCGCUGAGGAACCAGCUGAUCAGUCGCGUGCCCAUGGGCUCAGUCAUCAAGUGCAUGGUCUAUUACAAAGAGAACUUCUGGAGGCAGAAGGGUUACUGUGGCAGCAUGGUGAUAGAAGAAGAAGGUGCUCCCAUUGGCCUCACUCUUGAUGACACGAAGCCUGAUGGGACUGUACCGGCUAUCAUGGGAUUCAUCCUCGCUCGUAAAUGCAGAAAGCUUGUGGAGCUGACCAAAGAGGAGAGGCUGAAGAGGAUCUGUGAGAUUUACGCCAGAGUCCUGGGCUCGGAGGAGGCGCUGCAUCCCGUUCACUAUGAGGAGAAGAACUGGUGUGAGGAGGAAUACUCUGGAGGAUGCUACACCACCUACUUCCCCCCCGGCAUCCUCACCCAAUAUGGCAAGGUGCUGAGGAAGCCGGUCGGGAAGCUCUUCUUUGCGGGGACAGAGACGGCUACCGAAUGGAGCGGCUACAUGGAGGGAGCUGUUCAGGCUGGAGAAAGAGCCGCCAGAGAGGUCAUGUGUGCGAUGGGUAAAAUCGACCAGAGUCAGAUUUGGCAACCAGAGCCUGCGUCUGAGGACGUGCCUGCCCGUCCCUUCGUCUCCACCUUCUGGGAGAGAAACUUGCCUUCAGUUGCCGGUUUCCUCAGGUUCAUGGGUAUCACCACCGUCCUGUCCACUGCCGCCGUGGGCCUGGUGGCCUACAAGAGAGGAUGUCCCUCCCGCUGUUAGAGUCCACCCACGUCUUAAUCUUACUCCUCUGCAUGUGGGGGGGGAGGGGGGGAGCAGAGCUCAACACCCACUGCCCUCCUCCUCCUCCUCCUCCUCGAGGGCACUACUGACCUCAACUACAAAGUGGUGGAGUUGUGUGUUGGGUUUGGAAUGUCACCUGAUGCUCCACCCUGCUGCCAGAGGAAUAAGACUGCUCAACACAUCGUCACGUCAUUUCUUUAUUCACCGUCCGAGAGAGAG